AUGUCAUCGAAUACGUGUUCCGUGAUUAUGUCAGGACUGAUUCUACUGGUAUUAGCAGUGGUAUCAUUCAGAGAAGUGCAAGGACACGUCGCCUUGACUUUUCCACAGGCGAGGAAAUAUGACUUGGAUUUUCUGGACAAUGCCAGGACACCUGGUCCAUGUGGAAUGCCUCGUGGCGAUAUUAAAACUACUUUACUGUCUGGGAGUAACUUUAACGUCACGUGGCAUCUGGCUUAUCCUCAUCGAGGUGGAUUUCGACUGCAAAUACUGGAUGCCCUUGACAGGCCAUUGAUUGAUCUAACUCCUGUGACAAAAAAUAGCGAGUUCGUAGAAGAUGAUGCUACGGCACAGAGUUAUGCCGUACAAUUACCUCAGAAUUUCACCUGUACAGACUGCACGAUUCGGCUUCUCCGAGAAGCUGAGGAAUGGGGCGCGAGUUAUAGAUUUUGGUCUUGCGCCGAUAUCAAUAUCAUCGACAGAAAGUCUUACAGAGAGGAUUGCAGCGGUCACGGUCGAUAUCUGGUAGGUCGAUGCAGGUGUGAUCGACUGUAUCACGGUACAAGGUGUGAAUUUAAGGAAGAAUGCCUGGAUGACUCGGAUUGCGGUAUUCAGGGCACGUGCAUUGACAAUGGCGGCACGACCGCACCCACCAAGCACUGCUAUUGCAAUAUUGGUUGGUUUGGACCGGGUUGCGCGAAGAAAUCUCCGAUCAAAACCAUCGACGUAGAAUUGGACGCAUAUACAAUGAAAAAGUUCUCUGACAAUUUUACCUUCUAUUGGCGGAUAUUAAAGGAAAGCAAAGAACUCGAGGGUAUUAUGGUGGUAAAUGGUACUAGCUGGGUUGCUGUUGGAUGGCGACCAAAUGACCUGACACCGAUGUGUCGCGCCUUUCCUGAAAUUCAGGAACGUCCAAAGGAUGAACCGCUUCCACAACCGGAACCAAAAUCAGAGCCGGAACCAGAGUCAGAACCGAAAGCCGUACCCAAACCGGAGCCUGAACCCGAACCCGAACCUGAACCUGAAUCUGGAACUGAAAGGUCAGGUACCAAGAGACGAUCGGCUAAAGCUCAUGAUGUGACUUCAUUGGCUUCAACUCCUCGAUCUGACGUCGAUGUGACGGUGCAAACUAGUGUGACAUAUCGCGUCAGCACGAAACAAGGACGCAAAAAGAGAUCACCGGAGUCUACAGGAAUUUCUGUGAAUGGGGAGCCCGUCGCCGAGCCGAGCACUGUCGACAGCACCAACACCACGCCCGAACCCGUAUCAGAACCAAAAUCCGAACCAGAACCUAUAUCCGAGCCCGAACCAAGACCAGAACCAGAAACCAAAUCCAAACCUGAACCUAGCUCAGAACCAGAACCCAGCCCAGAACCUGAGCCAAAAUCUGAACCAGAACCAAGCUCAAGACCAAAACCAACAUCCCAAUCAAACUUAACGAACGCUGAACCAAGAACAAAGGCAGAGGCUAUUUUAACUUCUGAGACACAAUAUGAACACAAGUCAAUAUCUCAUCCAGAGCCUAUUUCUCAAGUUAAAUCGAGAUCCCGAAUGGAAUUAAAACCCGAACCAGAGUCCAAUUCUGAACCUGAACCUGAACCCAAGUCUGAACCAGAACCAAGCUCUGAACCAGAACCCAAGUCUGAGCCAGAGCCAAACUCUGAACCAGAACCGAAAUCCGAGCCAGAACCCAGCUCUAAACCCGAACCCAAAUCCGAACCAGAGCCGGAGCCGAAAUCUGAACCAGAACCAAAGUCCGAACCGGAACCCAGUUCCGAAACAGAGCCAAAGUCUGAACCGGAACCCAAGUCAGAGCCGGAGCCAAAGUCAGAACCAACCUCGGAGCCGGAACCGAUCUUAGGUCUUAAGUCGAGUGCAACGAAAGCUAUCCUACCUGCAGUGUACAAAUACACGCCGAAACACGAUUUCAACCCUAUGGACUGCACAGACAUUAUAAUAGGAUCAGCACGAGGCAACAGUCACAGGAUUGGCGACUAUUACACUAGAGACAGGUCUACACCAAAGAAAGACGAAUAUUGGGGCGGAAGAGACACUUUGACUGCUGCUAUGGGCUUUGAACGUGAUGGGGUUACGACCAUACUUUUCAGAAGAAAAUUGGUAGCUAAUGAACUAACCGACCACGAAAUUAUUGAUGGUAAUAUGCAAGUGAUAUGGGCUAAAGGACAAGAACCUGGAAAAUAUGUUCAUCACCCACCCAGUGGCAUUGAAAAAGCCAAGGUCAGUGUGAAGGACUUUUAUAAGGCUGAUGAACUUAAGUAUCAUGGUCAUGGAGCACAGAGAGGAACAGUAACUUUUAAUUUCUUUGAUGAAAAAAAGAAACAAGAAAUGGCUAGUGAUGGUGAUGCAUUAGCGCCAACUUCAAAUUGCAGCGGUGAGUGGCAUUAUCCAAGACAUUGCUCUCCUGCAAAUGGUACCUGUGAAUACUCUAUUCAGUGGACUUACAAAGGACGAAAGGAUCAAUUAUCGUUUGUUAUUUCCACUGCUAACACGAAUACUUGGACCGGCGUUGGAUUCUCUGAUGACGAAAAAAUGUCGCAAACAGAUGCGGUGUUGGGCUGGGUCGACGAGAAAUCAGGUCGAGCUUUUCUCAUGGAUACUUGGAUCAGCGGAUAUAAUGCUCCGUUGCUUGAUCCAUCUCAAGAUAUCUAUAACACAGGCGGCAGUAAAGUGGAUGGUAUAACGACACUCAAGUUCUCGAGAAAACGGAUAACAAAGGACAAUAGAGAUCUUUCUUUCACGGACGAUCAUUGCUUGUAUAUGAUGUAUCCAGUCAAGGGUGGUAUUUUUAAUGCUGUCAACAAGAAAAUACGUAAACACGAUGCCGUGCCCGUUGUAUCCGCUGAAAGGAUAUGCAUAAGAUCUUGUGGUCUCGAAGAACUCGAGGAUCUUACAACGCCAGCUCCACCAAGGCUGCAUUACACCGUGGAGGUGAAGCUCAUAAAUUUGGGUGACGGUUUCAUGGCACCUACUCCCGGCAGUCCAGAUUUCGAACUUAUUUCAAACAGGAUAUCUGACAGCUUUACUCCACUUCUUGACAAAUUACCAGGCUAUUAUCAAAUUCGUCUCAGUGAAUUACAAAAGAACGAUGAGCAAAACGGUGUUAUUGCCCGCAUGGAUCUGAUCUUAGACAAAAACGAAGUAAAAGGCAGAUCAUUGAAACCUAUAGAUACCGGUGCAGCUGCGGAAAAGGCAUUAAAAGAAGCUCUUGUCACAGGAAAAGUCGGUGCAUUAAGUGUGGAUCCACAGUAUUUGAUCAUUAGAGCUCCUCGAGUAAAUGACUUAGGUGGAGGAGAUGCGGAUGAAGAGACGUCAUUUACGUCGGAUCUGUUCCUCGACGCAACGAAGCUAUAUAUUGUUGUCGGAUGCGUUGCUGCCUUACUUGCUCUUGCUCUACUACAAGCAAGCUGUACUCUUUACAGAUCAUCGAGGAGGCGAGCGACGAAGGAUCGUCUGAUCGCCAGUAACGCUUGGAAGGACUACGCCUCAGGUGCAAACACAAAUUUUGCUUUCGAAGCCUUCGAGACAGAGGAGAAAGCUCCGCCACCACCAGUUUCCAGUCUACCUCGUCACAGAGAGAUGACCGCAAACGGACUCGGUACUGAUACCGUAGAGGGUCCAAAUAGGAUAGUAGGACCACGAGCAACGUACAGUUUGCCGCGUGCACCGGGUUCGAGGCACACAGCCGCCAUCCAACCUGGUUACUAUACCCAAGAUCGCAGGGAACAUUAUCAGCGAUCAAAGAACAAUAUGCAUAAUCCGGCAGGCGGUGGCGUGUCCACACAACCGAAUCAACCUGACUUUUAUUUCAUGCCCAGUCAGCGUAAAUACAGUGGUGAGGUCGUGCGCGUGUAUGUGGAUUACGGAAGUCAGGCGCCAAAGUAAGGAAGCAUAUUGGGAAUUGGGAUUCCAACGAACGAUAAGAAAAAUCAGCGUCAAUGACUGUGCUGCCCUCUUCUCAGCUUUCCCUCGAUCAUGAACCCAAAGCGGACAAUUAAAUAUACUUCGCUUCAGUGAAGCGAUACUGUACAUAAAACACGUUUAGUGGACUUGGAGGAAAUGAGACUUCGAAACGAGAACUUCCUCCGAUGCUUUUCUUAUUAUCUUCUUCUUCUGUCUUUUCUUAUUUGACAGUCCUUUCUACUACCUUUUCCUUUCCCGUUUUUGCUCGAUCGCUUGCGAGCGUCGAUCGGGGGCAACACGCACGGUUUCAUCUAACUGAAUUACGCAGAAGUAGCGCUUACGACCAAAGAGUUAUCGAUAAGGCGCGCUCAAUGCGCGGUUCUGUACAAAAGCGCGUGGAGAAAUACACAGCACAAAUAUCAUUGUAACUCUCGAUGCGUAACAAGAUACGCGUGGAUCGUGUCCGGUGUCCGGAGUCCGGACCCCGUAACCCGUGCGUUAUUACAGCAACAUUUUACAUGUACUUACGAGCAAGCAUGGAUGUUUGAGCAAUAAAAUGUUUGUACAUUCUUUUUUAAUCGAAUACAUGCUUCUCUUCUCAAGGAUAAAGUUUCGUCGAAGUACCUCAUUUUGAAAGAACAAACAGGAACAGAAUUUUGUUUGUCACGUUCAGCUGUGAAAUUCAUAAUGUUUUUUUUUUUCAUUAUCUCUGUUGUUUAGUUAUUUUAUAAAAUAGAGUUGUGAUUGAAGUUUGGACUUUCUUCUUAAAGAUAAAAUUCCUUCUGUAAAAUGCAAUCGCAUGUGUUCUAAAACAAAAGCGGGGCAGAUGUGACACAAAUGUAUAUAUCAUCAUCCAUAAAACGUCAAAGUGAAAACGUUCUACGAAUGACUUUUAAUUUGUGACUCGCAUAAUGAAAUAUUAAAAAUAUUAGGUAAACGAAAAGAGCGAAUUCAUGGCUGUAGUAAUUCUCCUAUUAAUAUCAACAAUAGUGCUGAUAAUAAUAAUGGCAACAUUAGAGACAAUGAUAGAAGUACAUAAAAGACGUAACAAGUAGCACCCGCAAAUAGAAAUUUCUCACCGAGUACCUAAAUUGCACUUUUGCUAGUUCUUAAAUGGAUCAUUAUAGAAACAGUAAUACUUACAAUGACGAUACUGUCGAUAAGACAAUCGUAUUGGUACGGAUCAUAAAUUAUUACAAUAGUGAUAAAAUUAACGAUAAUACUUGUAAUAAUCAUAAUAACGAUAAUAGCAGCAGUAGUAACGAUGGCAAUAAUAUUACAGAAUUAAUAUUACAUUAACGUCGUUAACAACGGCGUUGCGCGCAAAACUAUGACUUCCGACGUGUUCUCCAUGAACGAUGGAAUAUUUAAGAUUAAUAUAAUUAAUAAUAAUAAUAUAAUAAUAUUAAUAAUAAUAAUAAUAACAAUAAUAAUAAUAAUUAUAAUUAUAAGGCGACACCACCAGGUAAGCUGUUUUUUACUUCCUUCGAAAGUCUGAUAUAUUCGGAAGCUAAUUAUAGCACGCAUUGCCUUCCUCGAUCCUAUUUAUUAUAUAACUAGUAUCGAGUACAUAAUUUCGGUCCUGCCAUAAAAUUAUUCUUUCGUUUCUUCCAUCAAGUAUGAGAAACAAGUGCCUACACGCUUUGAAUCACGUACCAGACAUACCCGCCAAAAAGCAUGAACAGAACAGUGAAUUUAUACUUUUAUCCUUAAAGAGUACGGGAAACAAGUACUCUUUGUAGAAAGUAUCUUAACGAAUAAAUGCGCUUUGAAUGUGGUAUAUAUAUGUAUGUAUGUAUGUAUGUAUGUAUGUAUGUAUGUAUGUAUAUAUGCAUGUAUGUAUUUAUUUAUUUAUUCGUACAAGCAGGAAAUAUAAUAAAAACGAAUUUCUUAUUUCAUUCUCGUGCACGUUUGCUUUUGGCGAGUAUGCACCGUUUCGACUAGUUCGUUCUUUUUUCUUUUUUUUCUCUUUUUUUGUUUUUUUUGUUUUUUUUGUUUUUUUUUUUUUUUUACUUCUGUUCGUCGCUAUUGCAUUCUUUCAUUCAAGCGUAUGCAAGCACACAUAGACACACACAAACUUAAAACAUUUCUUUCACGCCCUCUCGAUCUUUUUCUCUCAUUCUCUCUUCUUCCUAACCUUACUCUCUUUUCUCUUCUUUUUCUAUAUACCAUCUUCUCUACGCUCUCGCGCACUCCUAUCUUUUUAUAGAUACAUACGACGCGUAAGAUCAGCAGUACAUUGUUUUUUCUUCAAUAUAUUUUUUUAUCGUUUUUCUUUUUUUUAUUUCUUCUCGAUCGUCGAUCAAAGCAGUGUAGUAAGAGAGUACGGACAGGCGAA